AUGAAAGCAAAAGAAGUCAUUAAGGAAUUCGCUGAUCAGUCUACAAUACACGGACUUCAUUACAUCAGCGACACGAGUCGCCAUUGGACCGAAAGAUUUUUUUGGUUUGUGUUUUGCGCUUUGAGUUGGUACGGUUCCUAUAGGCUCAUGAUGAACUCCUGGGAGGCGUUUCAAACGAACGCCAUCAGUUUUGUCGUGGAAACGACCGCUUUGGAGUUUCAAACUAGCUUUCCAGCAAUCAGCGUGUGUGAAACGGACAACAACAACAACGUACAAAAACUGGCUACUAAGAUCUACGGCGAUCGAAGAGAUUACAAUCUGGACGAGAUCGUCAGGGAAAUAGCAUACUUCAAAGGAAUGUGUUAUUACAUCAAGGAGUUUUGCUUAACUGGACAGUAUGUCUGUCCUUCCGCUAACUUAAGAGAUAUAGCAACGUCAAUGAGGAGCACUUGCGAAGAGGUACUUCUUAACUGUACUUGGAACGGGGUUCGAAAUUUCAACUGUUGUAAACAUUUUGUUAAAACCGAAACGGAACUUGGAAUCUGCUACACAUUAACCAUGGCCAACGAAUCGUUAGUAAAGAUAAAAUCAUUUUCACCAGACUCUGAUGAUUAUAUUAACAUGUAUUCAAACCGUCAGACUGGACCGAGCGAUCUCAUGGUUAAGUUAUCUUCAGCUAGUCAGAUCUAUAUACAUUCGGUGGUGGACGUACCGUAUUACAACACUAUCACAACGGAAAUAUUGCAUGCGGUGCCGGGAAUUUACAAACAAUACAAGAUCACCAUAAAGGACAUAGCCAACGAAGACGAAGUCGCAUUCGUGAGCAUCAAUCAGCGCAGGUGUAGAUUUCCUUGGGAGAAUUAUCUGAGCGUCAGUUCGACUUACAGUUACAGUUCUUGCAUAGUGCAUUGUCGCCGCGAGAAGCAAAUGGAAAUGUGCAACUGCACAUCUCACCUGAUGCCCAACAGUAAGGAAUCUGAACACUGUGACAUUAAAGGUCUAAUGUGUCUAAAUCAGUACUACGCAGAACUAUCGGUACUUAAGAAAAAGAACAGUUUGCGACUUGGGUUGGAAUGCCGAUGUGUGCCCUCGUGCAUUGAAUCUGAGGUGGACGUGAUCACAGUGGAAACUUUUACCAUUUCUGAUAACCAAUCGAUCAUACAACUAAUGUUAGACCAAUUGCCCCAAGAGCGCCUCAAACGCAAUGUUAUCAGGGGCAGACUUGAUAUACUGGUUUCAUUAGGAGGAUCAGUUGCCUUAUUCGUCGGAGCUAGUAUUUUGAGCUUUUUGGAAAUUAUUUAUUAUUUUUUCUUGAGAAUGCACAAUGUUAAGGUAAAUAACCUUAAGAGAACUUCAAAAACCAAAUGAGCUAAAAGAAUAAAAUAAACAGCUUCUCGUCCGGUGACAUCAUUUACAUUUACGGAUUUACCAUAAAACAAACAAAUUUAUGCUAUACUUGACAACUAGUUCUGCAAUUUGUUGACUAGUGUCCG